AUGGACAUCGUCUCGGCCAAGACAGCCCAAGCCGUGAACCGGGCUGGCAAUGCAUCAUCCUUACAGGAAGCGAUGAAAACGAAGGUGUGCAUCGCAUUCGUUGUGUCCGUGGCUGCUGCCCAUGGCAUCCAGGCAGCUCAGUUACCUUUCCCUGCCAAGUCGAGCGGUGAGCGUCUUCUUAGCUACAACGAGACGACGCCAACCCCUCGCCUGCGACCCAAGACGACGCAGGUUACGUGGACGUCGACCGGCGGCGAAGAUGGGCAAUACAUUUCUCGCAACGCUGACGGCGACCUGGUUCGAGAGGACAUUGUUACGGGCAACUCGACAGUCUUUGUCGAAAAGAGCCAGAUUCCCGAUGACAUGGACGACUACUGGAUCAGCGCCAAUGGUCACGCAGUCUUAUUCGCCGUCAAUGCCACAAAGGAGUACCGGUCUUCAUCAUUGGCUGACUAUCUUAUUCUCGAUACCUCGACGGGCAAGACGCGCGCCUUGGUCGAGAACCAGGCUGGCGACAUUCAGUUUGCCCAAUUUUCGCCCACGGGAGACUCGAUUGCGUUUAUCCGCGGAAAUGAUUUGCACGUGCGCGACAGCAACGGCACCGUGCAUCGCAUCACCACAAAUGGCGGCCCGGAUCAAUUCAACGGCGUGCCUGACUGGGUGUACCAGGAAGAGGUUCUUUCCGCCGCUUCGGCACUCUGGUACUCACCCGACGGCAAGUUUAUUGCAUAUCUCAGCCUAAAUGAGACGGGUGUCGGCACAUACACGAUACCAUAUUUUAUGAAUGGGAAAGAGUAUGCACCCGUUUAUCCCAAAGAGCUGAAACUGCGAUACCCCAAGGUCGGCACCACGAAUCCCCGCGUGAGCCUUCACCUGUUGGACGUGAAAUCGAGGGAGAGCAAGAAUAUUCCCAUCGAUGCCUUUGGAGAUGAGACCAUUAUUGGCGAGGUGGCAUGGGUCACCAAGACGCACGAGAAGUUCAUCUACCGUGCCUUCAAUCGAGUACAGGACCUUGACAAGCACAUUACCGUUGACACCAGCACUGGCGAGUCCAAAGUUGUCCGCGAGCGAAACGGUACCGAUGGUUGGUUCGAAAAUGAGAAGAAUGUUCGCUUUGCUGGUAGCUUGAGGGCCAAUUCGAACUCUACCUACUACGUGGACACCUCUGACGAGUCUGGGUGGACGCAUCUUUACCUCUACCCUGUCGAGGGCGGUCAGUCUAUCCAGCUGACCUCUGGGGACUGGGAAGUUCGAAGCAUUAACAAGGUCGACACAAAGCGAAAGACGGUUGCGUUCGUGGCAUCCAAGCGUCAUAGUACCGAGGCGCACCUCUACAGCGUAUCGUGGGAAACAUGGAAGACGACACCACUUGUUGACGACUCAAAACCCGCCUAUUACGGCGCUUCCUUUUCGAAAGGUGGUGGAUAUUAUAUCCUUUCAUACCAAGGGCCUGAGAUACCGUACCAACAGCUUGUGUCAAUCAACAGCACCACGCCUCUGCGUACGCUCGAGAGCAACGAAGCGUACUACAACAAGACACAGCAGUACAAACUUCCCAACACGACUUGGUUUGAGCUACAGCAUCCGGAUGGGUUCUCACUGAACGUUCAGCAGAGACUGCCCGCCAACUUUGACCCCGGCAGAAAGUACCCGGUGCUGUUCAAUCCCUACGGAGGGCCCAACUCGCAAUCCGUCAAGAAGAGCUAUGCCGGUCUCAACUGGGCCGCGUAUAUUGGAUCCGACCCUGAGCUCGAAUACAUCACCUACGUUGUUGAUAAUCGUGGAACGUCUAGCAAAGGCCGCAAAUUUCGGUGCUCCGUAGUCAAGCAGCUUGGUACCCUGGAGGCUGAAGACCAGAUUUGGGCCGCGCGCGAGCUUGCCUCUCGAUUUUCUUACAUCAACAUCGACAAGUUUGGCAUGUGGGGGUGGUCGUUUGGCGGUUACCUCACGUCCAAAGUUGUUGAGGCCGACUCUGGUGCUUUUACGUUUGGCCUCAUCACGGCGCCCACGGAUUGGCGUCUGUACGAUUCUGUGUAUACGGAGCGUUACAUGAAGAGAUUGGAAGACAACGAAUCAAGCUACAACCAGACGGCGGUCCGUAAUGUCGAUGGCUUCAAAAGCAUUGCGGGCGGUGUCGCCAUCAUGCAUGGCACCGGCGACGACAAUGUUCAUUACCAGAACACGGCGGCGCUCGUCGACCUACUGGUGGGAUCUAAGCUGUCGCCUUCCAAACUCAAGGUGGUGCCUUUUACCGAUAGCACGCAUAGCAUUAGCUAUAAUCAAGCGAGCACCUAUCUAUAUAGAUUCUUGACGGCCCGACUGUGGGAUGAGGUGCAACGAAAAGACAAAGGGCUAGUGCACCAAUGGAGUCGACGAGAGAGGGCAUAG